CUAAGGGGAUCGGUUUGAGGAACGGAAGCUUAAGAUGGCGGAGACAGAGGAGGAGGCUGGAGCGGGUGAAGAUUUUAAGAAGCCGGCUCUCCCACCUUUAUUCCCUAGUCGGGAAAAGGAGGCUGCCGAGGCGGCUCUUCGACCUCCGCGAGGUCCUUCUCUGGGCCCUUGUCCGCCUGCGCUGCCCCUGCGGUACCAGGAGCCUCCUUGGGGGGGUUGCCCGGCAGAAGAAGACUCUUCGGUCUACAGUCUGGAGAUGGUGAAGGGCGGCGCGAUCCUGGGCAACGUGAGUCUGGGGGGCCGGAGCUGGCUGUCGGUAGGACGCGCCCCAAAUUGCGACCUUUCCCUGGCGCACCCGUCGGUGUCGCGGCACCAUGCCGUGCUUCAGCGCCGCCCGCAGCCGCCUGCCGGGGAGGAACUACAGGGCCCCGAGCCCGGUCUCUACGCCUACGACUUGGACAGCGCGCACGGUACCUUCAUCAACAAAGCACGCAUCCCGCCCUGCACCUACUGCCGCGUCCGGGUUGGCCACGUCUUGCGCUUCGGGGGUAGCAGCCGCCUUUUCGUGUUGCAGGGCCCAGAGGAGGAUCAAGAACCUGAAUCAGAAUUAACUGUAACCCAAUUAAAAGAACUGCGCAAGCAGCAACAGGCAGCAUUAGAGAAAACAAUGUUGGGUGAUGAUUCUGAUGAAGAAGAUAAAAAAGAGAAGGAUGAACAGAGAAGUGAAAACAGUUGGAGUAAUGAUCUGAGUUGCUCUUGGGGAUUGGGGGAAGAUGCUGAGGAAGAGGAGGGUGAAGAAAACCCAAUUGCGAUUGAGUUUCAGGAAGAGCAAGAAGCCUUUUAUUUGAAAGAUCCCAAAAAGGCAUUGCAAGGUUUUUUUGACAGAGAAGGUGAAGAACUGGAGUAUGAAUUUGAUGCCCAUGGAACUGGCACCUGGCUUUGUAGGGUGAAGCUACCCAUAGAUGAUGUUUCAGGGAAGCAGCUUGUGGCAGAGGCUGUUCAUUCUGGGAAGAAAAAAGAAGCAAUGAUCCAGUGUGCUCUGGAAGCUUGCAGGAUAUUGGAUGCUAGGGGUGUGCUGCGGCAAGAGGCUGUGUCACGAAAAAGAAAAGCAAAGAAUUGGGAAGAGGAAGACUUCUAUGAUAGCGAUGAUGACACAUUCCUUGAUCGGACAGGAGUUAUUGAACAGAAAAGGUUAAACAGAAUGAAGAAAGCCGGGAAGAUAGAUGAGAAACCAGAAACAUAUGAUUCAUUGGUUGCAAAAUUAAGUGCAACUGAGAAAGCGCUCUCUGAGAUAGCAGACAAACUGAAAUCUUCAAGAACAGUGCAAUCGCAGUCAGCAACUCAGGAUUCUUUGGAUGAAUUUAUGACUGAAAUAAAAUCAGGAUGUGCCUUAGACAGUGUGGCACGUAAAAAGCUUCACUUGCGGACCUUUGAACUGAGGAAAGAACAACAACGUUUGAAAGGGUUAAUUAAGAUUGUUACUCCUGCAUCACUGCCUGAGCUGAAAUCCCAGGCUGGGAAUCAAGAUUUGGGAAUUCAGAGCAAGCCUAGAAAGCUAACUUUGCCCCUGUUUGGCGCAAUGAAAGGGGGAAGCAAAUUCAGAUUGAAAACUGGAACUGUUGGGAAGCUACCUGUGAAGCGACCAGAUAUUCCUGUAAACCUAUUAAAUAUGAAGGAUGAAGAGGAGGAGGAGGAGGAGGAGGAGGAGGAAGCAGAAAUUAAGGCGGCAAAACAAGGCACACAAAAACCAGAGAUGAAAACUGUGCCACAACAAGCACUCCAACCAAAAAGUCUCCCUCCUGGAUCUUAUUCACACAGCAACAAAGAUACAAAGUUAAUUCCUGAGGAAAUAAGGCCUCUGUCUGAGUUUCUGAGUGAAGAUGAAACAGUACUAGAGAGCAGCUCCCCAGGUGAUGCAUUGCAAAAGAAGUUGCAAGCAUCUGAGAAGCCCGCAGAGAAGUCCAAGAACAAGAAAGCUAAUGCUGCCAGUAGGGUUCAACAAACGGUGUCCUCACAAUAUCCAGAAAAUGACCCAGACUACUGUGUGUGGAUGCCACCUGAGGGUCAAAGUGGUGAUGGUAGAACUCAUCUGAAUGCAAAAUAUGGCUAUUAAGCAUCAGGCGGUAGCUUUGGGACAUAAAGGCCUGUGGUACAGCAUUCAAUGGACAACUGUAUUGUGAAAAAGCAAAUGACAAGACCUUGUUCAUUAUUUUUAAACUGCUUUUUGUGAUUCCUUAAACUUGCCUACAUACUCUUUUUUCCACCACUAAAUGUAUAUAUUGUCUGUUAAAAGUAUAUAAAACUUGUAUUUCCUUUGUAGUUGUGGAAGGUGUGUUUUGUCUUAUUUACGUAUGUACAGCAGGGUUGGAUUUGUACAAUAAAAACGUAAGAAGCCA